CCCCAGCAAGGGCUGGCAAACCGCCCUCCUUUUUUCUCUGCGAUCUCCCUCGUCGAAUUUCACCCCUCUCUCUCCUCCCACUCCCAUUCACUCCCGCAUCACCACUCACCGUCAGCGACGCUUCACUCGCCCCAGCCCGUCACGGCACAUCCUGCAACCCAGGCAGGACCAUUCCUCAGCCCCUCCAGAACCUAUUUGGCCUCUGCAGCCAUCUUAUCCCCAGCACCACCUGGUCUAUUCCAUGACCUGCACAUCGACCCCAAUGAACUGCAUCGCCCCUCACAGUCAAGUCGACACACUUUAAACCCCACGGGAGCGCGUGCGAGCGAGCAAGGAGUUUGAGCGAUUUCAACUAUCGUUCUAGGAGGCUGCCAAUCCGUUUUCCCGAGUGCCCGCCAUCGUUGCCAACCCGUCGCUGUCAUCGCCCCCCUACGUCGUCGUCGUCGUCCCCCCUCGUUGCCGUUGCUAGAGCUAUCCGGUUCUCGCUCCGCAAAGCCUGAUCGACAGACGCACCCCACGCGACAGACCAUUUUUCCACGAUGCCAGGUGCAAGUGUCGCCACUGUGCCUGCGCCCGCCGCUGAAUCACCAGCCUCGGCCUCGCGAAAAACCUCCCUCGCACCAGAGAAGAAGUACAAGUGCCAGUUCUGCAACCGGGCUUUUAGCAGAAGCGAGCACAGGAGCAGACAUGAGCGAUCACACACCAAAGAGCGACCAUUCAAAUGCAUGAAGUGUCGAAGCACGUUCGUCCGACGCGAUUUGCUCCUCCGACAUGAUAGGACCGUUCACGCUAAGGAUGGUGGCGUUCCGCUUCACAGCGAUGGCAAGCGUCGUGGUGGCCCCAAGCCCAAGGCAGCUGUCGCCGGUCCUGCGAAGCCUUCACUGGCCCUUGACGGACCCGCAUUGGAACAGCUCGAGGCCAGCGGCGAGGGCAUCUUCGACGUCGAGACCGCGGCUAUGCUUGUUGCUGACCUCCAUCACAAGGCCACUGCUGUCAUGCAGUCCAAUGGCGGCAGCCCUUUCGAGAGCAGCCCAACCGUGCCCUUCGCGCAGAGCGGCAACUCCUUGAUGGACCCUCCGACUGUGACCUACCCGAAUGGCACGAUCGGCCUGCCUCAGUGGGACUCUUUCGUCCAGGGUGAGCCCAAGAACCACUCGCUCUCGGCUUCCGGCUCCUUCGCUUCUCAGCCGUCCUUCGCCAGCUCCAGCACGAUCCAGCCCGCCACGUCUGCUCGGCAAGACAACGGCCCCGAGUCGAUCUCGUCGCAGUCGCUCGGCAACUCCGUUCAGACGUCUGCUACUGGCACGCCCACUUCUCAGUCGCCCUAUCCUUCGCACGGCGCUCAGAACCACGCAGAGGCCCACCAGACCUCGGCUGGCUUCAAGCCCCCUCAGGUGAACAGUGAUGUAGAGCGCAACAUGAUUCUGGACAAUGUUCACGGCAGCGAUACCGAACGCGCGAUUCCUGACGGCUUCAAAAUGCCUAACCUGGAGCGUCUGAACCGCUACUUGUCGACCUACUUUGGCAUGUUCCAUCAUCACCUGCCUUUUCUGCAUCCCGCGUCCUUUGACCCGACUACCGUGUCCUCGCCGCUCCUUCUGUCCGUCCUCUCAAUCGGUGCUCUCUACGCCUUUGACCAGGAGCAGGCGUUCAUGAUGCACGUCGGUAGCAAGGUCCUCAUCAACGAGUUCCUGCAGAACAAGGAAAACUUCAGCUCUCGCAAAUGUCCCCUCUGGGCCAUGCAAAGUUCUCUGUUGAACAUGAUUUUCGCCACUUGGAGCGGUGAUCCUAAGGGGCUCGAGUGGGCUUGUUCAAUCAAGAGUCUUUUGGCCAACAUGGUUGCUGGCAAUCGCUACGAGCUGAAGCUCAGGCAGGAGGCACGCGAGAAUCGGUCACCGACCCGGGCCGAGUGGGUGGAGGAUGAGGAGUGCCGUCGCACCUACUACGCGGUGUACAUCUUCUUCGGCCUCCUUACUCUGUCGUACAACCACACGCCUGCCAUCAGCUUCAACGAGUUCGAGGACCUGCUGCUGCCCUCCACCGAGGCCCUCUGGAACCUGCAGGUUCCCGAUGAGCUUGCCUGGGAGGAGGAACUGGCUGCUUCCACUGGUGUCACGUUCAUGGAGGCUCACGACAAGCUGUUCCAGGGCGAGACUAUCAGGUACAGCGCGUUCGCGACCCGUGUGAUGAUCAAUGCUCUUUUCCUUGAAGUGUGGUACCACAAGCGCAGCCCUGAAGCGCUGCAAGAUGUUGUCACCGAGUACAAACUCAGACUCGCGCUGGAGACUUGGGAGAAAUCCGUCGACCUUUGCGAGCCCGAGACCGCUACUGUGCCCGUCAUCUCUCCCCACAAGGGCCACCCUCUCAUCUUCAAUGCUACGGCCAUGUUCCGCAAUGCCCGAGCUCGACUUGAAGUCGACCUCAAGACCGUCCAGGAAGCUCUUCGUUACCAUGACCCGUACGAAGUCCAUGCGGCGAUGUCAGGGGCGCGGGACAAGGUCAAGCGUUCUUCAGAGAUGAUCAAGGUCAUCCAGGAGUGCUACAAUUGCAUCGAGACGGCCGUGGUCCAGGGUGUGCGCUGGGUUGCGCGCACCUCACCUACCAACUGGAGCAUUGAGCACCCGCUCUGCGGAAUGGACCUCAUGAUCAUCCUCAGCCUCUGGCUCUACCGUCUGGAACAUGACGAUGAGCCGGCAAGCGAGGAGGAAAUGGCCAUGUACAACAAAAUCCGCAAGCUCUUCGAGAAGGACCUUGACCAGCCAUACAUUUCGCAACUUGGCACUAUUGUGGCUCGCCUCUGGGGCUCCAUGCUUGACGAGGUGGUUGUCUGGGGAAUUACUCGUUUGAUGGGCGAAUCCUUCCGCUUCCACGCUCAGGCGCUGAUCGGUUACGUCGACGACGUCGAGAUGUCCGACAAUGUUUCGACUCCUUCGAUGUCUCAAGGCGGAGACGAAGACAGCGUGUACUAAUUCCGGCGAUGAAUAAUGAUGUUCGACUUCCAGUGUUUCAAUUGAGGGCUUCUCUUCCGGCAUAUACCUCUUUCGUCUUUGGUUUCCUGCUUUCCUGCUUUUCAUGGUCUGGUUCUGGCGUGGGGUCAAGGUUUCCUUCUCUGAGUUUCCCGGUCAUGUUCUUUGCAAUUGCGUUUGCGUCUCAAGAAUGGACUCUGGCAUAAUCAGGGAGGGGGGCAAGGUUUUGGCAAAAGCCCGGCGGCGCGUUGGGUCCUGGUCCCUUUUCGAAUCGGUGGGAAAGGGGAAUGGGCCACAAGAGCUGCCGGCCUCUCACACGGAGCCUACCCGGGGUAAUACGCUGCUGCGCACACGGAUCGUUGGCUGGUCCCAAUCGGGGGAACUCUUUUUCUCCUUGUCUUUUUUAGCUACGUCACCCCUAGCAGCCACUUUAAUCCUGUUGUCUGCUUUUUUCUUAUGUCUCCAAUGCUUUUGUUUUUGUGUUUUAUUUCCUUGCGCCUGAUACCUUGUUCAACCCAUGGCUUGCUUCUGUUGUUUUCUGCGAUGCUUUUACAUUUUUCCUCUCACAUGGUGUACUAGAAAUGGACAUGGAAGCGUCUGAUGAUGAACAAGGAGGGGAGGCUGGGCUGGGAUUGAGUCGUUUGCCAGCCAUAUCAAUAUAAGGUUGAGCAUUUGUGUUGCGUUGGCUUUAAUCAAGGAUUUUCUCAGCAGUCAUUUGAGUUGAAUUGUACAAAAUCAGGCAGCUCAGUGUAGCGCUUAAAGAAUAUCACUUCUCUUUCCUGGAUA